AUGUCCUCUGCAAAGAAAAUCAUCGCUGUUGUCGGCGCCACCGGCACCCAAGGCUCCUCAGUAGCCCAAACCUUCCUCACCCUGCCCAACUGGCACGUCCGCUGCUUGACUCGGUCGCCCUCCUCUGAGAAAGGCCAAGCACUCGCCACCCAAGGUGCAGAGGUGAUUCAAGCAGACCUGAAUGAUCCAGAGUCGCUACGUCAAGCCUUCGCUGGCGUCCAUGCCAUCUUCCUUAAUACAGAUUUCUGGGAACCAUACCGUCGCGCCAUCGCCUCCGGCACAGAGGCCGCAGCCAGCGCCAAAAUCGGAUACGAUGCAGAAGUCAAGUUCGGAAAGAACGCAGUUGAUGCCGCACUGCAUGUCCCAACACUGGAGCGAUUUGUCUACUCUGCAUUGGGCCCGAUGAACGCUGCUUCCGGAGGCAAAUACCCAUACUCUUACCACUGGGAGACCAAAGCGUACUUGGCGGACUAUAUCCAGGGUACCCAGCUUGGAAAACUGAGCUCCUUCAUCUACAUCGGUGGUUAUCUCACCAAUAAAUUCCUCUACCCGAAGUUCCGGAAGGAGGUCGGAGGGUACGCUCUUGUACUCCCGGCAAGCAAGCAGACCCGUAUCCCUGUUAUUGAUACUGCUCGCUCGACGGGCCCGUUCGUGAAGGCUUUGGUUGAGGAAGAGGCCCCUGGAACCAAGCUGCUGGCUUAUGAUGAGUACCCGACUUUCGAGGAGAUUAUCAACACUUGGUCCAAGGUCACAGGUAAACAGACUAUGUUCAUGCAGAUGGAUAUGCAAGACAUGCACGAGAAAUUUGGUGUGCCGAUUGAGGUUCUUGGGGGCCCUGCUUUCCUGGGCGAGUAUGAUUACUGCGCUGGUAUCUCGGGUGUUAUUGAGCCAGCUCAGUUGAAAUCUCGAGUAGAUGUGAAGAGCUUUGAGGAGUCGCUGAAAGGCUUGGACAUGGACUUCUUACUGGGAACGAAAGAAUCAAUUUAG